ACCCAAAGUGAACCAAAGCUUGCGCAAACCAUAGAACCCGAAACGCCGCUUGUGAAGCUUUUAUUUUAGCGAUGGGCAAAUCAGAUUGUAUAAAUUUACAAAAUGAGCACUCUGCUUCAGGAGACACAUCUGAGGGGUCCCAGAAUUUCGCGCCAUCGCAAGAGAUUCAUGGAGAGGCGGACGCAUUGACUUACGACUGGAAUGGCCGGAAAUUAUUUUUACUAAUUGCACUGCACCGCCUGUUCACCUUCCCUACUAAUUUUGAAAUAUAUUCCCGGCCUUUGGCGGAAGCUGGACUUUUUUGGGAUGGAGUAAAAAAAGUAAUCAAGUGCCUUUUUUGCGAGUUUGAAACCAAGGAUGUAAAUCCCUUUAGAGACAAGACCCUGGGUGAGAUUUUAAAAAUGAAGUUAAAUUGUGGUAUCGGCCAAAAAACAUCUAAGAACGUCCCAAUCGGAGAAACAAAGAAUUACAAAUUUGAAUCUCACCGACUUUAUUCGCUGCUGAAAAAGAAGGACUGGAAUUUUGUGACGCCCGAAGAUUUGGCCAAAUCGGGAUUUUACUACUCCGGCCAAGAGGACAAUUGUCGCUGCAUAUAUUGCAAUUUGGAGGUGCGCGCAUGGGAUGAGGGAGACACGCCCGACGGCGAGCACAAACGUUGGAACCCAAACUGCCCUUUCAUGAAGUACCCUGAAGCCGUCGUCAAUAUCAAAAUUGGCCAAGAAUUAACUGAGGUGGCAAAUGACGCAACUGGAGAAAAUAAAAUGGGCGCAAAUUCGUUCACUCCUUGUUCGCUUUGCCACUCCAAAAGCGUGGCUAAGCGCAAUCAACCCUGUGGUCACGCCAACCUAUGCAAUGGAUGCGUUGCAAAUACAUGUCUAACGUGUAACAGAACUAUUUCUUGUUAUGAUCACAUGUAAUUACGAGUUGUAAUUAUAAGCAAUAUAUUAGAUAUUUUUAAACAUUUAUAAAUCAUGAUUUUUUUUU